AUGGUGUUUGCCAAGAAAUGGUUCCGCUUAGAGCUCAGACUAGGAAAUGAGCUCUUGAACCAAGUGCUCUGCAGUCAACACAAGAAUUCGCCCAGCAGCAGUAGCAGCAGUUCCCCCAGCAGCAGCAGUUCCCCCAGCAGCAGCAGUUCCCCCAGCAGCAGUAGUAGCAGCAGUUCCCCCAGCAGCAGUAGCAGCAGUUCGCCCAGCAGCAGUAGCAGCAGUUCCCCCAGCAGCAGCAGUUACCCCAGCAGCAGCAGUAGCAGCAGUUCCCCCAGCAGCAGUAGCAGCAGUUACCCCAGCAGCAGCAGUAGCAGCAGUUACCCCAGCAGCAGCAGCAGCAGUUCCCCCAGCAGCAGUAGCAGCAGUAGCAACAGUUCCCCCAGCAGCAGUAGCAGCAGUUCGCCCAGCAGCAGUAGCAGCAGUUCCCCCAGCAGCAGUAGCAGCAGUUCGCCCAGCAGCAGCAGCAGCAGUUCCCCCAGCAGCAGCAGUUCCCCCAUCAGCAGCAGUUCCCCCAGCAGCAGUAGUAGCAGCAGUUCCCCCAGCAGCAGCAGUUACCCCAGCAGCAGCAGUAGCAGCAGUUCCCCCAGCAGCAGUAGCAGCAGUUACCCCAGCAGCAGCAGUAGCAGCAGUUACCCCAGCAGCAGCAGCAGCAGUUCCCCCAGCAGCAGUAGCAGCAGUAGCAGCAGUUCCCCCAGCAGCAGUAGCAGCAGUUCCCCCAGCAGCAGUAGCAGCAGUUCCCCCAGCAGCAGUAGCAGCAGUUCCCCCAGCAGCAGUAGCAGCAGUUCCCCCGGCAGCAGCAGUAGCAGUUCCCCCAGCAGCAGCAGUAGCAGUUCCCCCAGCAGCAGCAGUAGCAGUUCCCCCAGCAGUAGC